AUGAAGAAUCUACCAAUAGCUCUUACGUUGAUAAUCUCCACCCUCCUUUCCAUCGCCGCCGCCGCCCCGUGGGCCCAAACCCUCACCAAAGGCAACAAAAACAUCACAAAGCUCCAUUUCUACGUCCACAACCUCGACGGCGGCCCCAAGCUCCCCAACAACACCGUCUUCCUCGUCGCAAACGCCUCCAUCACCGCCACCUCCCCCACCAGGUUCGGCCACGUCGAUGUCUUCGACGACCUCGUCACGGCCGCGCCAGACAUCCGCUCCGAGCAAGUCGCCCGGGUGCAGGGCACGGCCGCCUACGCGGGCCUCCAAUCCUUCGCAAUUGCGUUGAACGCCCACUUCUAUAUAACGUCGGGGGAGUUCAAUAGGAGCACGCUGGGCGUGGCCGCCCACAUCACGGUCAUGGACCGGUCGAGGGAGGUGCCGGUCAUCGGAGGCACCGGCGCCUUCCGGCUCGCCCGUGGAUAUUGCCUUAGUAGUAUUUAUUCGUCUGAUUUUGCGACGGGUUAUUCUAUUCUCGAGUAUACCAUUUAUGUUGUCACUCACUCUCAUGAGAUAGUGUGGACGGGCGCUUGA